AUGGAUCCCCGCUUUUCUGUUUCCCGGGACGAGCUGUACAACCUGCAGAUGGAGUUGAAGCAGGUCCAAUAUGCCCAAGCAAACCACGCAGAACGAAUUGUGAGACUAGAAAAGCGUCAGGCAGACGACUCUGCACUGAAAUCUGUAUGGAACUCACCAUUUCCAGGAGUUCUGGCCGGGACGCCACAGCAUGGCCCCGUCCAAAUUUCUACGAAUGAUGUGUUCGACGACUUGGAUGAGCAGGGAGAGCAGCUGCUGGGCUCUCUGCACUUGGGACCUGCAGAGGAGGAACCCGUUCGGCGCGGUGGUGCGGCUUCGCGAGCAAACAGCGUCCGGUUUGACGAGAGCGCGUUGCACGGCUCAAGCUGGGGUGCCCAAAACAACCGUCACUCUGGAGACUUUGGCGCAGUUCGUCCCGGAUAUAUGAUGGAACGGUCCCUGUCACACAAGUCAGACGCGUCUGGCCGAGCCAGUAGCAUUGGCCUCGAUACAAAUUUUGCCACGGGCGAUGAAGACGACGACGAUUCUUCAUUUGACAUGCCGGGGCUUCCAGCCUCCGUUUACGUCUUGGGAACGGUCCCUUCCAUUGUUCGCUGUUGGCUGACCACGGAUUACGCUCACGGAACGCUGCUCUAUGCAGACAUUUGCACUGGGUCGCAAAAAUCUACAAUUGAUUAUUCGCUCGUGAAAGAACUCGACUUUCUCAGCGAGUUCCACCGAGACGUCAACGGAGUUUACAGGGCCAGAUUGGAUGUCUAUCUUGCAGAGGCCGUCAUCACACGCCAUAGCAGUCGGUCAGACUCCGCUGCAGGCUCGGUUCCCUCCAUGUCGGUUUGCUUCGAAAUGUGCGGCAGUGAACAGACCAAGCCGAAUCAGGUGUCGAAAGCAGUCCGUAUCUUCAUCGGAAGCGAUGCUCUGAGGGCACAUGCGGCCGAUAUUCUUUUCUCUCAGAACACAAUGGUGCUCUAUAGCAACGAGCGAGACCGGCUGCGCGUUCCCUUCAUUCGCCCAGAAGACGAAGAGGUAUUCCGCCACAUAACCACCAGCAGCGCCGCGCCAGAACGGCCAAAGCUGAAUGCCAACGCCGCGCCAUUCGUCUUUGGAGAUGCGACUGCAACAACGCCUACAUCGGCAACAGCAACAACUAAAGAGUCGGGAAGUAGCGAAACUAGAAGCCAGGCUUCCCCCGCUACAUCACAUUCCGAGCCUUCGGGCCGUGUUCGGGCGAAUAGUGUUCCCGAUUACGAGGAGGAAAAUGAAAAGUCUGGAGGAGACGCUAACGGCUCCGAGCGCCGGCGAAGAGACGGAUCAAGCGCGUCUGAAACUUCGCGACGAGGAACGUCGUCCGGCAUCUGGGGCUCUUGGCGAAACCCCAACGGCAGCGGAGCAGAUCAACGUGAGACUGGACCGCCUCUGAGCGGAUAUCAGCCUGCACCUCGAGGACGCAACAUGAAGGUGCUCAAGGCCCAGAAAUCGGGGUCAUCGUCGGCACGCACCGGGGCGUCGUACGAACCCCCGCUGCCGUCCAAGUCUGAGCUUGGCCGGCGGAAGAGCCAGGUUAGCAUGAACGGUGAAAGUUCGACGGCUGCGAAUGGCGGCAUCAGAUGGGAUCUCAAGGGGCCAGCGACGCCAGGCGAGGCAAAGGGUGAAGCAGCAAAGUCUGGCUCUAGUUCUGGUGGCCGGGCGGCCUCGACUUCAGUGUCGUUGCCCAGAUCGGCGAACAACCCGAUAGGAGCAGCGUCGGCCUUUCCUUGGAUGACACCACCGGCGAAGCCUACUAAGACGUCGCCGUCGGCAGAAUAA